AUGGUGGUGCGUGUAGCACCGGCAAGCUGUCCGCCGGGCGUGCCGCCUCCGCCUCCGCCGCCGCCGCCGCCGGGUGCGCCGCCGCCGCCACCCGCGCCCGCCGCGCCGCCCGCGCCUCCUCCGCCGCCGCCCCCCGCCGCUCCGCCGCAAGACUCGCGCGCUGCGCUCAUGGAAAGCAUACGCAGCGGCAACAAAAACCUCAAGCACGUGGAAGUGGGCUCCAAGACAUCGCUCAACGAAGACAACAGAAGCAAUCUACUGAGCGAGAUCAGACAAGGAGUCGAACUGAGAUCGGUGUCGCGUUCCACGAGCAGUUCGGGCGAACGUGCUCGUGCAGAGGCGCCCGCCUGCGGGCUGGCCGGCGCGCUCGCCCGCGCACUGCAGGAGCGCAACCGCGCCAUACACUCCUCCGACUCGGAGGACAGCGACGCCACCAGCGACGGCGAGUGGGACGAGUGA